AUGGACGUAGGACAAGAAUUUGAAUUUGGAUCGUCGACUGCAAGUUCGCCAACUUCGGAUGAGUUAUUGAAGUAUAAUUUCGAGCCUGUGCCGUGUGAAAUAGAAUCUACAGAAUUCGAUAAUGCUCCGGCCGGUGAAUUUGAAUUUGGAUCGUCGACUGCAAGUUCGCCAACUUUGGAUGAGUUAUUGAAUUGUAAUUUCGAGUCUGUGCCGUCUGAAAUUGAGUCUAUAAAAUUGGAAUCUAUAAAAUCCUGGUUACUCCAGGAUACUGGAUCGUCGACUGCAAGUUCGCCAACUUUGGAAGAGUUAUUGAAAUGUCAUUUCGAGUCUGUGCCGUGUGACAUUGAAACAAUAACUACCAGCGUGGCUCCGGUGUUCUCCGAUAAUAGUGAUUUUAAUAAUAAUUGUGCUGCAGUACAGCAAUUAACAUCAUCGUCAAGUGGCUCUUAUUUCCAGCCAGCCGAGUCUAGAUACUCAGGAUAUAAUAUUAUUUCUCAACCAAACGAACAGCCAGUAGGGACUACAGAGGCUCAAGUUUUGAAGUUCGGAGUUGGAGUUAAUAAUAAUUGUGCUACAGUACAGCAAUUAACACCGUCGUCAAAUGGCGCUUAUUUCCAGCCAGCCGAGUCUAGCUACUCAGGAUAUAAUAUUAAUUCUCAACCAAUUUCCUACGAACAGCCAGUAGUGACUACAGAGGCUCAACUUUUGGAGUUCGGAGUUGGAGUUAAUAAUAAUUGUGCUACAGUACAGCAAUUAAUACCGCCGUCAAAUGGCGCUUAUUGUCAGCCAGCCGAGUGUAGCUACUCAGGACAUAAUUUUAUUUCUCAACCAAUUUUCUACGAACAGCCUCAAGUUUUCAUAAUCGAUGCAGAAGCUUUGCCCGGAAUGAGCUGUGGAGAAUUCUUUUCGUCCGUGAAACUUGAUUCACCUAGCAAGCCUCAGGAAGAAGCGAUUACUAUAGCCCAGCCUGUCGUUGCGGCUAACAGCAGUACCCAAUUAGCAGGAUGCUCCACUACGAAAAGAAGAAAGCGAAACAAUGCAAAAAUUGAUUAUGAUACGAACUUCUAUUGUAAGGAGUGUAAUCAGAAAUUCGGCCGUGUAAGCAGUUGGCGGCAGCACAACAAGUCUCAGCAUACCGAACUUCCGUUCGAAUGUACUAAAUGCGGCAAACGUUUUGGCACUCAGACGCAGCUAUCGAGUCACGAACUAAAUCACACCGCAGCUAAACAAAUAUUUGCAUGCGACUAUCCCGACUGCACUCGUAGGUACGUCCACCGGAAAGAUUUACGACGCCACAAGCAGAGUCAUGAGGGUUACCAGUUCAUAUGUAAUCUAUGUGGCCGUGGAUCUGCCCGUAACGAUCAAUUCCUUAAGCACAUGCUAACACACGACAAUAACGGUAAAGUUACACGAAAAAAACCCAAAAAAAUUAAAUGA